UGCCUGCGGGAGGUGCUGGCCGCCUUUCGGGCCUGCCUCACGGCGGAGCAGACCGUGCUCAUGGACCCCUACCUGCGCGGCUGGAACGGGCUCAUCAGGUUUCUGAACAGCCUGGGCACGAUUUUUUCCUUCGUGUCAAAAGACGCGGUGACCAAGAUACAGAUCAUGGAGAAGUACCGCAGCAGCGACCAGCGGGAGAGAUACGAGACUCUUCAGACCAUGGUGGAGUACGAGUUGGCCAGCGGCUUGGUCAGUCUCAAAAACCGAGGGGAGUGCCCAGAGUCGGGCUGCCGGACCGUCUUGCGCCUCCACCGAGCCCUUCACUGGCUGCAGAUGUUUCUCGAGGGGCUGAGGACCAGCCAGGAGGACUCCAAGACGUCUGUGAUCUGCACAGACUCGUAUAACGCCUCCUUGGCAAACUACCACCCCUGGGUUAUUCGCAAGGCCGCCACGCUGGCUUUCUGUGCGUUGCCCACCCGAAACGCGUUCCUGGAAAACAUGAAUCUUGGCACUCCCGAGGAGGCGGUAGAUAUGCUGGGGGAAGCCUUGCCUUAUGUCUGCAAAGUCUAUGAGAUCACAGAGGAGCUGUAUGCAAAGCAUAAAAUGCUCGACCUUCCUUGAGGGGGGGGUUUGAUCACGUUGUCUCGGUAGUGUGGCUUGCAAGGACCCACGCUCCUUAUCGCUGUGCACACGUGUAAACUAGAACCUGCUGAUCUGCACUAAAGCUUGGGGUCUUUCCUCUUCUGUUCCAUUGUCAACUCUCAUAUAUUGCUAUUAGACUGCAGCCAAAUCAGUGCUUUUCUUGAGUCUCAUGAUAGCAUCCAUGUUUUGGCUCCUGUUUUUGUUGAAAGAAACUCAGACCAUUCCAAAGCCAUAUGGUAUUGCUCUUGCUUCAAGGGAUUCUUCAUCUCUCUCCUGUCUCCUGGGUUCCUUUCCAAACUUUAUCUGAUUUUUAGUUCUUUAGAAAACUGAACGUAGGACCCAGAAAUGAAGGAUCGCUUAAUUUUCACCUUGAAGCAAGAACACUGGGGAGGUCUGUUCAGCCUCCUGUUCAGGGACGAGGGAGAAAUCCUUGGGACAUACCAGAGCCUUGAAUUUUGCUUUUUAGUUUGAUGCACUUUUAUUCCUGGGCUCUGGUAACUGUGAUGCUCGCUCUUGGAAGGAGCAGUUGAGCAUAGAUCUCCUUCUUGAAAAUUGUUUGUCGUUAAUAGCAGAUCAUUCUUGCGUGUUCCCCUCUGCUUUCCCCUCCCCUCCAAAAGAGUUCAGGAGCAUUGAACUGUGAUACAGUAAUGUAUUUGUCUCUCCCUUUCUAUGCAGGCAUGUCAGAGCAGGGAAUCCUUUUCUAUUCCUUCUUUCUAUCCCCUCUUGCUCUUUGCUGUUCUGAGUUGAGGAAGCUGCUUUAGUGUAUGCUGCAUGAUACUAAGCCACAGAACAGUGCGGAGUUUUAUGCAUUUUGAGGGCUGUAUAUAUAGACACUACAUAACACUAUAAUAAGCUUGAGGAAACAAAGGGAAUGCUGGAGGCUUGGAGAAACAAAAUGCCUUGGGCUUGUUGGGAUGAUUGUAACUUGUGCUGUAUAUCAAAUCUGUGUGCGGCUUCUUCCCCCGCCUCUCCCCGAAGCUUUAAUGGUUUCCAGACCAACUAAAUGUUAGGUUUUAAACAGAAGGUAAAUAUUCAUGCAAGUUCUAUUGCUAUUUUAGUGUGGAUUCCUGUUUGCUGAAGUAUAGGAUAAAUAAGAAGGGACAUGUAAAUAAGGCAGCAUACUUGAAUUUUGAAAGCCCUGGCAGUGUUUUGUAUCGUGAGAGGCACUACCGCUACCCGUGUUCUGAAAACCACUAAAACAAGAUCACCCUAGACACUUGAAUGGCUGCUGAUUUUAUUCUGUGGGAUACAAGAAUUCAGUAUUACCUUACAAGGUUCAGUCUAGUUAACACUGUUCUCCGUUAAAUUACAUAAAAUAACUUGCUCCCACAGAGCGCUGUCAUACAGGAAUGCCUCCCUCUUUCAGAUGUUGGAAGGCCUGUGUGACCUUUGGCUUGAUGCAAAGCGUGCUGUCGUGAGCAGCUGGGUAAUUAGCAGCUUAGCUUGUUGAUUACAAACGAGACCAAACCCUUAACUGAUGUGUGCAGAAUGCACCUCUGUCUGGAUGACUGGUGUCUCUCUAUGGAAAACUGUUUAGCUAAGGGACUUGGAAAGGAAGGUUUUCCUGUCCAGUGCCAGCCAUGAUAAAUACCUCUUAACCAUGGUAGGUGUGUGUCCAUGCUCUAAGAAAGCUUUGUGAAAUGUGUUGUUCUCCUUCCACGUGAAGAUUUUUGACCUUUAAAAUUGCUGCUUUUGCACACAGUGCCAUGGAGCAAAUUAUGCAUGAUGACAAUCCAGGUAGCUCCAUGUGCCACCUUUUAAGAAAUACUCGGGGAUGUUUUAUUCUGUGAUAGCCAGCAUAAAAACUUUCUCAGUUCAGCCUCUCCUGAUGAGAGGCAGCUGGUAUUCCAUGACUAGGUGCUUUUGGGGCAUAUUGUGUUGCUUCUUGAUGGUUUUGUGCCAUGUAUUGCUCAGAAAUGGAUGUAAUGUUUGUGUUCCGCGGGAUUAAUACAAAGACAGCAGUUUUACCACGUGUACAGGUGGUUUGUUUGUUCUCCGUUGAUAUGUCCAAGCUAAGCACUCAUCUCGUCAGACCAAAAGUUUAAGGGCAGGAGUUGAAAAAUAACUUACUUGCCUUUGUUUUUUCCCAUUAAAGUCGGCCUGUCGGUGCUACCUCUCCGUGUGCUGUUUAUACUAAUUCCCCUUUUUAUUCAGGGUAGGGGGUUUAUAUAUUGGGCUGCUUCAGAAACGCACCCGUACAAAAAUACACAAGGCAAGCUGCUGGCUGCCAUCUCGGUAACAUCUCUAGCCCACUUCUCCGUGUGUGUGCUGCUCAAUGAGAACUGCACCGCUUCCAGCACUGUUCUUUGCUCGCUGCACUCUGCCACUUGUCUAAGAUCUCUUGGCCACUUCGGCUCCCCUUGCCUCUGUUCAAAGCUGCUCAUUAAUGGUGGAGCCUGGCAAUUGGUGCAGAUCCCCACUGACUUCUGAAUGUGCUGUCUGCAGGUCAGGCCCACUUUGAAACACGGACUGUUGCUCGAUAAGCGGAGCUACGACUGCAGGGAUGAAUGCUCCUUUUUAAAAUCAGGUUGCAAUGAGAAAUGCAAACCUCUAGAACUCUUAGUUCAGAGAUUAUGAUGAUUUUUUGUGACUUUUUAUUAGAUCCAAAAAAAAAAAAAAAGGUAUCUGGUUGCAAUGAGUGCACUAGUGCACCAGAUGGAGCUUAUUAGCUGAACAUUUUGGAAGAGGAGGCUGAAAUACUGAGCAGCUAUCUGCUGCUUUUAUGCAUGUUGCCCUUGAAUCAGCCAGGUGUUAAAUUACUCCUGCUCCUCCACAAAUUUGUGCUUAGUCUUCAAAUAUAACUUGCAUACUUGAACCAUGAACUGUGAUUCACACUGCUCCUGUUCCUACCUUUGCACCCUGGACUUUUCUUGAAGGGGUGACAAUGGUUCAAAGAAACCUCAGUAAGAAGCUUGCGCUGGUGCCAUCAAGCAGUGUACGAUAACUUCCACUCCAGCUCAGGAAGCCUACAAUUUAGUUUGCUCUCACAAGGUGAGACGACGCAGGAAUGAACCUAACGUCACGUCCCUAAAACACUUAAGGAAAGCAGUGUUCCAGUCCAGAAGCGGAGACUAGUGCCUCUGCUGUGUAUUAAUAGUGGGGCAUAAAUAAAAGCUGAGCAAAUAAAAAGAGCAGCAGACCUGGGGGCUAAGUCCAGAGGUAGGUGCUCAGUAUGAUCAGUCUUCCUGUGACGUGAUGCUGAUGGAAAAACUUUGGUCCUAAAGUAGAUGCACUGUCACGCUCUAAAGCAUACCUCAUUAUUUCCAUUAAAGAUGUAGCAAUGCCAUAGGAGAGAAAUCUGACCAAUGUCUCUUGUAAAAAAUAGCAGCACCACUUACUUUUCCACUGCACGGUGAAGCUGCCUGCCCAAGCAUAUUCCAGCAACAAUCGAGUGAGGUUCAGAGGUCCGUGGGCCAGUCUCUUAGACUUAAAGAGAAAAAGUGUUUGCAAUUCCUCCUGCCUGUGACUAGCUCCUACCCUGACCCUGGGUCUCUGAGUGCAUCCAUCUACUGCUCUCUUAAAAAUAAACCUCAGCCAUAUUGCACUGCAGGUCACCUUUACACAGAGUUUUUUUCCCAGUGCAAUUUGAAAACCAGCAAAGGUUGCAACAUAGGGAGCUUUAGCUGAAAAAUGAGUCUCUGUGCCUUUGGAUGAAAAGGCUCAAAGAAUGUGGGGAUGGGAGAAUAAAUUCGGUACCUCGGGAAGAAUGUGAAAGGUUGUGCAAUAAUAGGUCCCAACGAGAGCGAAUAGCCAAGAUGAGGAGAGAGCAUCUGGAACAGGAGAAAUGCGCCGUGCGUCCCUGGAGAAGCUGCCUGCACUUAAUGGCAGCAUUUAAUGUUUGACUCCAUGUCUUCACAACAACUAUUUUACAUUCUUCUAAUGGCAUUUCAUCAUCACUGCCCUCAAACCCCAGCUGGCCUGUCAGGGGAGAAGGCUGAAUAAUUUAUUCACAAAGCCACGUAGCGUCUGACCUGGUUUCAGAACAUGUGUUCUCUGCUUAGGAAUGGCUCCUCUCCUUGUUUUAUUUCCCAAGGCUCAGCAGGAUGAAAGGGCUUCCCCAAACAGUUGCAUGGUGUUACGUAGGAUCCUGGUACCGGAAGGGUGGACAGUCCCUCGGUUCCCUGGAGCCUGUGUAAAGUAGCCUGAGGAGGACAAUGCUUGUAAUUUAAGAGCGGUGCUCUUGGAAAACAUUUGUCCAAAGCGGGUUUGAGAGCAAACCUCCAGCCAGAGCUGUCCCUGUCUGUUCGCUGCUUCACAGAGUGAAAUGUCAGCAGACCCAAAAGGGGGAGCUUCGCAUCCGAGCUUUCAGCUUCUUAUCUCUUGAGCUUGAGAGAUUUGUCCAUCGUGGAGUGAUUAGCUAUCAGUAGACCACAAAGGUUUAGGGGUUUGAGCAGGGACCAUCAACUGGCCAUUGGCUGACUGUCUCAAUGAAACAAGUCCCAUCACUUGGAUUUCUAAAAUGGAGUUGGAUGGCAUUUUUAUUGCUGUCCCUUUCCCCAGGAGCUUAUAGAAAGCCUUUGGCAUCCACACGCCCAGCAAAUUCACAUUCUUUGUCAAUGCACUCCCAGCAUCAGGUUUGGCAGGAAAAUCAGGACUGGCCCUAGGCAGGUGGAAAAAAGUGAAUUUACCAGGUAAAACAUCUCCAUUCCAGAACUCCUCUCACCCGUCGUCCCCUUGAACUAAUGGUGAGAGCAGAAAAAUAACCCUGAGGUCAGCUCUGUCCCACAAUGAAACCUGAGAUGUCAAAUACAAUUGUACGUGCUUUAAUCGGCUCCCCAAGCCCCUUAGAUUUAUCACAGCAAUAGUGAGAGUUUAUGACCCACCAGGGAUGGAAAUUAUUACUUAAAGGAACAGCACGACCUCGAUGUAAAAUGAGCAAGUGACAGGCGAGAGAAGAGUUAUUGGCUGCCCCCGUAUCUGAAGCGACUGGGAGAUAUAUAAUUCCUCUGUAAUUGCUCAAUAAGGAACAUGAGCUACAGCACUUAUUUGGUAGGCAAACGACAGCGUCGUUAACUCGGAGUCACGGAGCAGCCUUGUCUGAAAGGCGCCGGGGCCUGCCGUCUCGUUACCGCUGCCCCUGCACGUGACAUUAAUCACGGGCCCAGAUCGCCAGCCUUUGCCAUUGCACUGAAGUCUUCACCUGGUUCGAGCUGGGGCCGGGGGGGAAGAGGGCAUCUGUGCCCACCUGCUUUGGUGUUUGAAGUGAGCCCUCCCAAAGGACCAAGUGAGGAAGGGGCUGUAUUUGUUGUAACAACAGGGCAUUUUCAUUUCUUAUCUGCCAGCUGAAGGGAGUCUCUCAAGGGCUUCAGGCAAGUCUAAACCAUAGCGUGACUUUGCUCUGCACAGGGGGACACACUCAUCCCAGGCAGAGUGGCUAAGGGGCUUUCUAAUGCUCACCCCUCCCUCCCGGUACAUGCAGGUGGGCAUGGUCCCAAUCCAGACCCGAGUCUGAAGAGAAGCCAAGACCCGGUCUCGAUUCUGCCUGCGAGCACAGGGCUUGCACAUCCCACCCGUGUGAGCACAGACCCCAUGCAAUACCAGUCCCUCCCCCGUGCCGUGGAUCCAGCCCCUUGCGUUCAGAGGCAGCCGGCGACUCAAAGAUU